AUGAAGCAUGUGAACCAAUCAGAGUUCUCCAACUUUAUUCUGGUGAGUCUCUUCAGCAGAUCAGGUUCACCUGAUCUCCUUUUCUCUUUGGUAGCUGUCAUGUUUAUCAGUGGCCUUCUGGGAAACACCAUUCUACUCUUCUUGAUCAGGUUGGACUCUAGGCUACAUACACCCAUGUACUUCCUGCUCAGUCAGCUUUCCCUCUUAGAUGUUUGUUUCCCACUGAUCACCAUACCAAAGAUGAUAUCAGAUUUCCCUAAGGAAAAAAGUUUUAUCUCCUUUGGAGGUUGUGCAGCACAAAUAUUUUUCCUGACUAUGAUGGGUGUGGCUGAGGGAGUCCUACUGGCCCUCAUGUCUUAUGACCGCUUUGUGGCAGUGUGCCACCCCCUGCAGUACCCUGUUCUCAUGAGACACCAGGUGUGCCUGGUUAUGGUGGCCUCUUCCUGGCUAGCAGGUGUGUUAAAUGCCCUCAUCCAGACUUCUAUAACUCUGAACUUUUCCUACUGUGCCUCUCGAAUUGUAGACCACUUUUUCUGUGAGGUGCCAGCCCUGCUAAAACUUUCCUGUUCAGAUACUUCCACAUAUGAGUUGGCACUGUCUAUCUCUGGGGUGCUGAUCCUCAUGUUCCCCCUUUUACUAAUCAUUGCCUCAUAUGGCCAUGUUUUGAGGGCAGUUCUGCACAUGCACUCACAGGAAGCCCAGAAUAAGGCCUUCACUACCUGCUCUUCACAUGUCACAGUAGUUGGACUCUUUUAUGGUGCAGCAGUGUUCAUGUACAUGGUACCUGGUUCAUACCACAGCCCACACCAAGACAACAUGGUCUCCCUUUUCUACAGCCUUGUUACCCCUACUCUCAACCCUCUUAUCUACAGUUUGAGGAACCGAGAGGUACGCAUUGCUUUGCUAAAAGUUAUCAGCAGAUUCAGACAAAAACAAAAGUGA